UGCGUUACCUACUCCUUAUCAACAUUUCAAACAGCCGGGGAAUCUCAUGUGUCGAACUCGGAACCAUGGAACGAUCUCUCAUUGGUUUAUAUACAGGUUCAAAGGUCAAGAGUCUGUCACACUUAUUUCCAACGCGGCAUAGCCGUGCGUACUGGUGGUGUUGACAAAUACUCGGACCGUGAAGCCUUUGGGAUCUUUGAUAACCGUGCCUGUUACGAAAACUCGCGCCCUGGAAGUUAAUAAAUACCGUCACGUCACAGACCGGGUGGUACCAGGUCACCGAGCCGAGUUUGUGUGAGUCGAGCCUUUCGGCGUUCGAGUGCGGGUUUGUGGCGUGUAGUGCUCACAUCAGCGCUGGGGUCUGGUGUAAAUCCCUGCUGGUCCUCGGCAAGUUUAGAUCGGAUCGGAUCUGCGCGGACCAAAGAGGUUUCUUUGGUUGCAACAAGCUCCAUCUAGUUUCUCUUGAUCAGGCUGAGUCAUGUAUGUUAAUGUUUAUGCGUGAGUACGUCUACGGCAGUCCCGUGUUGCCGAACUGGUCCCAGAUGCGAUGAAGCAGCUGCCGCGGCCGUUGUGCAUGUGGCGCCGAUCUGUCUCAAGCAAGCUGGGGAUCUGAAGCAAGACGGUGAACCUCACCUUACCCGGACUACAGUCGACAACUUACGCAACACAAGGAAAACAUAUCACGGGCUAGAUCAUGACCCUGUGGCAGAUUUUACCGGGCUCCCCUACUGGGGUGCUGGCGGUUGUUUGUGCGCUGCUGGUGACCGUGCGGGCUCACCCGCAGUGCUUGGACUUCAUGCCGCCGUUCGAGCCCGCCGAGCCGCUGACGUUCUGCCGGGAGUACGGCGAAUUUGGGUGCUGCACCCGCCGACAGGAUUAUGAACUGCAGCGACAGUUUGAUGACAUCCUGAGACGGAUGCCGUACCAUCUGCAGACAUCCUGUCAUCAUCACCUCAUGAACAUUCUCUGCCAGGAGUGCUCACCUUAUGCCUCUCAUCUGUACGAUCUGGAAACCACUCAGGUAAAAAAGCCACUUCCGGGGAUGUGUCCCCAGUACUGUCCUACUGUGUUCAACAGCUGCAAAGAUAUCAUCCCUUUUAUAACGGGUGACCCGACCGUACAACACGCCAUUUCCCUGUCAAAUUACACCCAGUUCUGCGAGGUGACCUCCAUCACAGACAUGGACUACUGCUACCCCAACCUCCUCGCCAAUGAGCAGCUGUCAGGGAACAUUCAGCAGGCCGUGGAAGGCACUGGUGGGGAGGGAUGUUUGUGCUUCCAAGAGUUUGCAAACGGCUUAAAAAACCCCACAGUCCUGGUACAUGCAGGUGACGGUACUCAUCGUGUUUUCAUCGGGGAGCAGCUGGGAAAAGUGUACGUGUAUCUCCCCGAUGGUAGCAGAGUGGACACGCCAUUUCUCGACCUGACUAGCACUGUUCUGACGUCGAGUAGACGUGGUGAUGAGAGAGGUUUUCUUGGGAUGGCGUUUCAUCCGGACUUCAAGGAGAACAAGAGACUCUUUGUUUACUACUCAGUCGGGACACCAAAGAAUCAGAAGAUUCGCAUCAGUGAGUUCAAAGUAGCAUCCCAGGACGUCAACCAAGUGGACCAGGACUCGGAGAAGGUUAUUCUUGAGUUGGACGAACCAGCAGCCAAUCAUAAUGGAGGCCAGUUGCUCUUUGGGGUGGACGGAUUUAUGUACGCUUUUAUUGGAGAUGGAGGGAAAGGAGGUGACCCCUUCGGUGAAAAAGGAAAUGCACUAAAUAUGACAACUCUACUCGGAAAAAUUAUUCGCAUUGAUGUCAACCAUCCAGACGAAAGCGUGCCUUAUGGCGUGCCAUGGGAUAAUCCGUUUGUUGGCCAACGCAACGUCAAACCGGAAAUCUACGCUUACGGCACUCGCAACAUGUGGAGGUGUGCCGUGGACCGAGGGGACCCGGAAAGCGGAGAGGGCCGAGGGCGCAUUUUCUGUGGAGAUGUCGGACAGGGCAAAUGGGAAGAAAUCGACAUUAUUGAGAAGGGAGGGAACUAUGGAUGGCGUGCGUUCGAGGGCUUUGAAUGCUUUGACAAGGAGCUCUGCGAAACUGAAGAGUUGGCCAACCAUAUCCCACCCAUACAUGUGUAUGGCCAUGAUGUAGGGAAGUCUGUGACAGGAGGAUAUGUGUACAGGGGCUGCCUGUAUCCUAAUCUGAAUGGACAAUACAUCUAUGGAGACUUCUGGAAUGGGAAAUUGUUCUCGCUGACAGAAGACAAAGAGCGAGGAGUGUGGAACAACAGAGAGAUCUGCGCUGGCAGCGCUGCUAUCUGUAACAACGAACUCCAGGGGUCGUAUGUUCCAGACAUCCUGUCUUUUGGAGAGGAUGAAGCAGGUGAAAUGUACAUGCUGUCUACUGACUAUGCCAGCACCAGCCAUACUGGUGGGAUAGUGUACAGGAUUGUGGACCCUGCUAGGCGAGGAGACCCAGAGCAGUGCAGCAGACAAAUAUCACCUGUCACUGUUCAUGGGUCCACAACACCUUUUGUACACUCAUCUGAAAGGGUCACCUGCCGGACCUGUCGUAGGGCCAAGGCUAACUCCAACACCUACUGCAAUGCUGAUUUCGUGUUGAGGGGGAGUGUGAUGGAACGCAGGACAGUUAAAAAUGGCUUCCUCACUGAGGUUUAUGUGCAGAUCUCUGUGCACAAGAUAUGGAAACAGUCCAGUGCCAUACCUAAGAUCAAGUCCAGUCUUAGGCUGUGGCUGUCCCAAAGAACUGCCCAGUGUGACUGCCCCAAGGUUCAAGUAGGCAGUACUUACUUCAUCAUGGGGAUAUAUGACAUCUGGUCCAAGCGACUGAAGAUCCACACAACAACAGUUGUACGGCUUUGGCACUAUAACUGGAGCAAGAGGGUCCUCAACUACAAGAUGUUGUGUGACUUCCGCUCUCGCCCGACCAUUAAGCCAGGGAAACCACAGAAACAGCCGCAGCCUCUUCAACAGGCACCUGCUGCAUCUGCGUUGCAGCAAGCAGCAGUGUUUCAGUCCAAUGUAGCCGAGAUGGCACCAAUUCCACCAGAUGCCGAAAUGGCAUCACAACCCAGUCAACCUGCACCGCCUCCGUGGAAGCCAGACCAACCUCUUCCAUCAAACCUCAACCCUGCAGGUUACUUCCCAAGUCACAUCCCCUCCCAGGACCCCUUUGCCUUACAGCCUCACCAGACUGUAGAGCAAUGGCAGGUGCAGCACCCUGUCAACCCGCCAGCUGCAGCUGUACCCUCUCCUCGGCACGUUGCAGAGCCUGCCCCAGUGUGGCCGAGCCAUCCCGCCCUGCCACCUAGCCAUCAGACACCACCCAGUCAUCACUACCAACAGCCAAAUCCACUGCAGCAGUUUCCACCUCAACCAUACCACCAGCCCUCUGUAGCUGACACACACCAGCCACAACAUCAGUAUCCACCUUAUGCCAUUCCUAGUAACCCCCAGUCAUCAGUGUCUGGUCCAUAUCUUCCACAGCCAGCCCAGUACCCACCUUUUGAUGCACCAAGCAAUCAAAACCCACAUGCAGGUAAUCCGUAUGGUCCCCAACUACCCCACUAUCCACCUUAUGCUGUUCCUAGUGGCCAGCAACGUCCCGAUUCUGGUCUCUAUUACCCACAGCCAGCUCCAUAUGCUGUUCCCAGCCACCAACAAGCCUAUGAGUCCAGUCCAUAUGAUCAACAACAACAUCAGUAUCCACAUCUGUCUAGCCCCCAGCAACCCCCUGCAUAUGGUCCAUACAACCCACAACCACCACAGUACUCACCCUAUGCUGUCCCUAGGCACCAGCAACCAGAUACACUCAGUCAGUACCACCCACAACAGGCUCAGUACCCUCCACACACACUGCCCAGUUACCAGCAGCCACCUGUGGCUGUUUACCAACCUCAGCCUGCACCCAACUACCAGCCUUAUCAACCCAGUGUACAGUCACAGUAUCCUCAACAGCAACCCCAAGGUAACUCAGACCCACCUGACCCACCACAGUACCCUUUCCCAGGUCAUCCAUACUCACCCCCAGCCCAGCCUUACCCACCUUACCAACAACCUUACCCACCAAGCCCCCACGACUCCUAUGGGCCUGCCCCCUCUGCCAGUGUUCAAGACCCCGUCAGGAUUGUAGAUGGUAAAGUGCCUGACCAUAUAAAAUGGGACCCUUAGCAAUCAUUUCUUGGUUACCAACUUUGUGAGGAGCAAUCAGCAGAACUACUAGUAUAUAAUGCCCAUGGUAUAUUCUCUGCUGUUAUUUCUUAUUCUUUUGUUAUUCCAGAGAAAAUGUAUGGUAGGAUGUCAGAUUCAGUUAUGUUUUAUUUUGGACAUCUGUAAGGGGUUGGCUUUACUAUAUAAUGUCAUAACAUGUACCACUCCAGGACAAAUUUAGCAAUGUAAGCUACGCAGAUUAAACACAGAUUCUCAGAAAUUUGCAAUCUUACUAUGAUGCCAAAGAUGGGAAACAGUCUCUGUUUUUAUGUGGGAGUAUUAAGACUUCUGAUGUAUGGCCAGUAUUAAGACUUGGCCAGUAUUAGAUUCACUAAUCUUAAAGGAAAACUUUGAGAUGCAUGCUUUCCUUCACAGUGCUAACCUACUUCAGAUUAAUUGUAGUCAUGAUGUGUAGAACUUAAGUUCAGAUGUAAAGAUUGAUCUUUUCUCUUGCUCUGGACAUUUUGUCCCCAAGGGAGGACAGGCAUAUCUUAUUGUUAAUGAUUUCAAGAAGUUCUGAUAUAGCAAAAGUGCUCCAUACAUGUAAUCUGACAUGAAACCUGCCAGAGACUGCUCUGUUUAUCAUGUACAAUACAAAGAUAUCAAAGAUGUUAAACUAGACCAAAGAGAAAAAGCAAAAUUACUCAGAUGCUGCUUUUCCUGAAUUCUAAUCCAACAUUGCAUUUGAAGUUGUAUGGUGAAUGUGUAACUUGUUAACAGUCAAAUUUUAAAAAUCUUACUUUUAUAUGUACAUGUAUUUGUGAUAAAGUUGUAAGGGCUAGAAACUUUGUACCAUCUGUACUGAAGAAUAGGGACUACUGAGGUAUAGGAACAAUGUUUCUGAGGUGACACAGAAGCAAACUGAGAGCACUUGACUGGAAGAUGUGUCAGAAAACUGACACAGAAAGAUGUGAGUAAAUGGCAAGAAAAAAUAAAAAGUACAGGUUUUUCAAAUGGUA